AUGGUGGAUAGGAUAUCUGAGAAAUGGCUUGUUCUUUCGAGUGGGUCAACAUUCAAUGGCUACUUGAAUGAUUUAUUUCCGUUGAGAAGAGUACCGGAUCCGGUCAAGGUGGAGUUUUAUCUGGCCGAAAAGAACGUUAAAAAUCUCCGAAAAGUACAAAUCUCCUUGUCCGGAACAGAUGCGCGUUCUAUUGUUGUAACUGCGUUGACGCAGUGUAAUCUGCCGACGAAAAAUGUGCCAACGACAUUGUCAGAUUCAGUCAGAAGCGGUAAACCGCGUAAUUCAUUCGACUCGAGUGAAAUGGAUGCCGCCGAAGAGAUGAUGCGAUUAUUUCGCAAAAAACGUUCGAAAUACUUCCGAAGAAACGAUCUUACGGCCGCUUUGAAGAAACAUAAAGUUGCUGCCAGCGAGGCUGUUAGAGCGUUCGAAAAGACUUCCGAACUGCUUAAGGAGGAAAUAGCGGAACUUCGAGAACGGGCUGGCGUCACCGAGAUAUUCUGGACGACCGACUGGUCGAAAUCGCAUAUGCGAAGGUGUUUGGUUUCGGUGAAUCGAGUCAUUGACCAUGCAUCCGCAUCGCACAACACCGCACGAUCUGAAAAUCCCAUUGUUGCUGCUCUCCGUGGAUAUUGUUUGAGGUUGGUCAAUGCCAAGACAUGCAUGCAUGCUUCAGUUGAAUUCUGCGCUUAUCCUUUCUAUUAUUCAUUCAUUUGCUGUGAUGGUGGUGUGCAGUUUGGAGUGCAAGAUGUUCCCGAGGAAUGGGAACAUGUCUGUGACAGGGCGUCUGUGCAACGAGCGCAACUGGAUGAGUUGAGGGGUGCACGCGCGAAACUUUCACAGCUUUUUGGUAAUGCGCACAUUAUAAUCACACCCGAACUGUGCCUACCGCAAACUGUUGAUCAAAUUCAGUCGUUGAUAGUGCGUAUAAUGGCGCGAGACGAGAGCGAGAAGUUACGAUUGGAGACACUUGGAAGGGAUACGUUGAUUGAGGUGGUCAGUGCGUAUGGUGAACUGGCAAUUGGAAAGGACGGUCGUUUAUUCGUGCCGUGUAAUUCAGCGAUUGGUCACCUAAUCGAGUUUAUGAACGAGAAGGCACAUCUUUCUCGUCAGAUUAAUGCCACGAUUCAUCAACAACAAUGUGAUGUGGAGAACGUUCGUCGUGAUUGUAUUGGUGCAUUGAAAUUGCGUGAUUUGACCUGGCAGCAAGGCAUUAAUUUGGAGGAGUUACUGUCAUCCAUGCAUCGAUUGAGACAGGGUGGGAAGUCGUUACACGAACUCCUGGUUGAUAUGGCUUUGCACUUCAGUACGAACCCAACGAUACACGUUAUGACCGAUGGACGUCUUUCAGUGCCUUUAGAAUGGGUCUGA